AUGGAAUACAGAAAGUCUGAUGCAUACCUAAUGAAACUAAAAUACAUGAAGCUGAAAAAAUACUUGAAAGAAAUAGAUGAACGACAAAAAGGAGCUCUUCUGCGAAACCAGACCUUUUUAAAGGAAUUCGACCAAUUUGAAGCUCAUAUGAAAAUUUCAAGUUCAGAGAUGAUUCAGAAGAUGGAAGCAUGGUACGGAAGAGAAAUUAAAAGUGUGUUAUCACUUCAAGAGGGUAACUUGUCAGCAGAAGGUGCCAAGGAAGAAGAAUACGACGAGCAGAUGUUGCAUGUUGGAAGACAGGCAGGAAUUAGCACGGGGGCAGCCGUGCCAAGAGGACUGUAUCAUCCAGCAACAGUCUUUAUGGACCGCCACACAUCAGCCGUCUCGGCCGCCGGAGGUUUGGGCGUGCGGCAGAAACCCACCCAGCCCACAGAGAGCCACUCGGCACCCGACCCACCUUUGUGCUCUCCAUCACUGGAAGGAAUUGGUCCAGAGAGCGCUGAUUUAGAGCGUGAUGGAUCAGUGCAGGGAGCAGUGAGACGCGGGGACCUGGCAGCUGGUGAGGAAGGCUCCGAGCAGCUCAUCUCCUCAGCAUCUGAUCCCAAACCAGCUGCCCCUGAGGAGGAACGGCCGCGGGGAAGCGUCCCAGGACCAAAGCCUCCCCUGAGUAACUGGUGGACUUGUAAGGAGGCAAGCUGGGAGGGCAGCGAUGAGCUCCCAGUCCCCGCAAGCCCUGAGGAGGUGAUGCCGAGCACCCCCGACGUGCCGCAGGGAACGGCCUCACCAGCAGACGGCUGGGAGUGGGGCAGGGAUGCCCACACUGCGGAGGGCUCCCUGCUGCAACCACCAAGCCCUCCCGCAGCGCAGGAGGAGCCCUCGGUCAGCUCGGCACCAGGCGGGCACCGCGGGAUGCUAGCGGGACUCUCCCGCGCGCUGCAGUUGAUAGAAGACGUGGUGGUGAGGACGAGCCCCCAGCACCGGGCGCUGUACCAGGGCGAGCACGUGGGGACGAUGGGGACGGCGGAGCUGCUCAGCUUUUGUAAUCGGACCAGCAGUUUGAAAGAAGAUGACCUUGAAGAAUGCGAAGCAGUCGUCCUUCAUCAGCUUCGGGCUUUAUUACAGAGCAUGUUGAAUGGAUGCCUCCUACCUGAGAAAACACUCGAUGCUAAAGGUAGAGCAGUGGAUGAAAAGCAAACCAGGCCAGACCCGCAGUGGGACGUGGACAUGCUGCAGACCUGCUUGAGCAACCAUGCCUUGUUCUUGAAAACGCACCAGGUUCAGCUCACUGAAGAAGUGGCGGAGAUGUUUGAAAGCCUGCUGCUUUCCAGCAAGAAGGCGCAGGACAGCCAGGCUCUACCGGUGUUGAGAGAGGCCCUUCCAGAAGGGUGUGGGGAUAGGUCAUCUAUUCGGAGUAAUGAGUCAUCUUACAGCUUGCCAUCGAUUCCAAACGACGGCGGGGAAAUAAAGCAAGCAAAACAUGCUCCCUGGCUCGCCGGCACGGGAGAACAAGAAGUCACAAGCUGGUGUGAAGAUGAGAGCAAGGAAGAAAGCGCGGUCAAAGAGAUUCCUAUUACAG